AAACAUUCGCGAUACUCUUCUCGCCACGUUGUACAAUUUUCCUAUUCUUUACAUACCUUAAUUACUGUAAGUACUUUUUCGGGACGCUCCUUCGCACCUUUACAAUCAAAUAUUCGUGUAUUUCAAACGCAAACGGGCGUUGGGGAUGAGUUUGUAGUAACUCAUUACUCUUUUCCCCUACAUGGGGCACUUUUAACUUCAGCGGCAUUGAGCGAGGACGGAAGAGCAAUUGAGAUACCCAAAACCUUAGGGACAUUCGGAAUAUAUUAGGGCCCUCUAUACCAGAGGAGGAAUAUUCGCAGAUAUUGGCGGAAGGGAACGACGUACACGAGCAAGAUGGUGCAACCAUCCGUUCCCAAACCGGCGCCAGGUCCGGACAGCUAUAAUUCUAUUGCAGCGCAAUAUGCCAGAGCGAAGGCGGUCAAGGAUAGAGAGGAUAGGAUCAGGGAUUUCAAAAAGGGAAUUGCGGAUGCGAAGAAGGAAAAGGGGAGUUUGGAGGCACUCAGUGACAGGAAGAGAGACCGGUUUUUGGGGGAGUGGAAUUGGGUCCUAGGCGUAUUUGUGUGGUUCUUGUGAGUCGGAGUUGUUGCGCCUGUGAAUUUGGUGAUGGGAGAGGAGGAGAUCUUGGAAGGAGUAUGCUGAUAUUUGUGUAGCUUCAUUCAUGCCACCGGCCUUUACUAUUUCACCAAAGGCUUUCUACUCACCCGUCUUGUUCUUGAGGAACAUUCCUCCUGCGCGGUCCCUCCGAUUGCCCUCGCUCCCUCUUUCAAAGGCGCCGGUACAAUUGAAGGGGGAUGCUGGCACCCAAAAAGCUUCGACAAGGCUGUAGUGGUUAUUAUUGAUGCCCUACGCUACGAUUUUACGAUUCCAUACAAGAAUGAGAGUCAAGCACAAGCUUUCCAUAACUCCCUACCAGUUCUAUACGAUACUGCCAUUUCGCAGCCACAAAAUGCGUUUCUGCUGCCUUUUAUUGCGGAUCCGCCUACUACAACUUUGCAGAGGCUGAAGGGUUUGACUACCGGAACACUACCCACAUUUAUUGAUGCUGGGUCGAACUUCGCUGGGACAGCUAUCGAGGAAGAUAACUUGCUCAUGCGACUUAAGGAUGUGGGAAAGAAAAUUGUUCAUCUGGGAGACGAUACAUGGACCGCAUUAUUCCCCGGGUAUUUCGAAGCGAACAUAAGUAGGGCAUAUGACAGUUUAAAUGUAUGGGAUUUACAUACACUGGAUAAUGGAGUUCUGGAACAUAUCAUGCCUCUACUGCAAGAAAAAGAGAAGAAAGCUCAAUGGGAUGUUAUGUUUGCGCAUUUCUUGGGAGUAGAUCAUGCUGGUCAUAGAUAUGGACCUAAUCAUCCUGCUAUGACUGCCAAAUUACAGCAGAUGGACACGGUGAUUCGAGAUCUGAUGAAAUCUCUGGAUGAUGAUACUUUGUUGGUAAUUAUGGGUGAUCAUGGUAUGGAUUCCAAGGGAGAUCAUGGUGGAGAGAGUGACGAUGAAGUUCAGGCGGCCUUGUGGAUGUAUUCCAAAAAGGGGAUAUUUGGCCGUACAGAUCCUGCUUACGUCACCCCUCCUGCUGAUGCAAAAAUAAGACCCGUCAACCAGAUUGAUUUGGUUCCCACUCUUUCUCUCCUAUUAGGACUGCCAAUUCCAUUCAAUAAUCUUGGUAAGCCAAUUGAGGAGGCUUUUUCUGGAAAGAGGGGCAAUGCUUGGGAUAAUCUUUCGGCAGUGGGAAGAAUGGCAGCUGCAGGAAUCAAGAGAUAUCAAUCUGCUUAUUAUGCUGCUCGUGGUAUCGACGAAAGCACCAUUGACGGCUCACCACAAGCACUUUGGGCAACAGCAGAAAAUGCACUUACUUCAAGCAAGAAGGAACAGAUGUAUAAAGAGGCGUAUGCUUCUUUCUCUGCAUAUCAAGAGGAGAUAUCACGCAUCUAUCGAGGUCUUUGGGCUCGCUUUGAUGUCCCAAGUAUGAUCUUAGGAGUUUUUAUCUUGGCUUCUGGUUUACUUUCUUUAAUGCUUUACGCAAACGCGAAUGCUGAAGAUGGUGAGGCUGUUGAGGAUCCUGAACUUGAUAAAGCUGAGCAGAAAUUGGAAUUGAACAAUUUCGCAAAGGGGAUCACAACAUAUGACCAAGAAACGACCAGUCGGUCAAUGGUCAGAACUGCCUUCAUUGGUACGGCACUUGGAGUUGCUUUUGGACCAGUACUCCGCACGGUGUUUGAAGGAGAAUCUUUGCUGGCUUUUGGACUUGCACCUGGUGCUAUUUCUGGACUAGUUGGUGUCCUGUUCCAAGAGGCUAGAAGAAGAAUGAAGAUUAGCAACCCUUUCCCUACGAGUUUCUGGGGCUGGCUCGCCGCCAUCUUCACAAUCAGCCAGUCUAUUGGCUUUGCUUCCAACUCCUACACCAUUUGGGAAGAUUCCACAUUGAUGUUCUUCAUCACCACUUUUGGAAUAGCUUCAGCUGUGUCCUCUCUCAGACUGGAGAAGGUCGCGGACAGAGCUUUGGGUGUAUAUCACUCUCUAGCUUUUGUUAUUCUGGGCUGUCUAUCAUCAUACUCGAAGCUAUGCAGAGAAGAACAGAUGCCAUAUUGCAUGUCAACAUAUUACGCUUCUUCCACGUCAUCUACAUCUGCUCCAUGGCAACUACUCAUUCCCUUUGUGGUUGCCGGCCUUCUCCCCGAGAUCAUAAAAUCUUUCUACGUCGGGAGUCGCUCAUAUGAAGGUUUCGCAUCCAUCUGGAUUGGCUGGAUCCUCAGAGGAGGCCUCUUCUUAAGUGCCGUGUUCUGGACUCUUGAUGCUGCCGACGAUGCAGAGUGGUUUCCUAAUCUACCCUCCGGACUGCUGAAAAAUACACGCGUCCCUAUUGCCCAGACCAUAUUAGCAAUGACCCUCGGAGCAGGAACAACAGCAUUUGUCUACGCCCCCCCUUGCAUUGCAAUCAGCACGGCUGCUGGUCCAUCCGCUGGUUCCGAAGGGACUGCGCAUCCAGCGAAGGCAACAAUAACCAUUCUUGGAUUUGCCAAUGCACAUGGAACUCGAUAUCUUCUUCUGGUUCUCAACAUCCUUCUUACUCUUCUCCUCGUACAAAAGCCCAUGGGAUUCGGUGCCCUCUCACUUAUGGCAUGGCAAUGUCUAUCCCUCCUUGAGGUCCUCGACCUCAAUUCCCUCACUUCGUCACCAAUCGGACCCAUCAUGUUGGCUGUCCUAGGAAGCCAUCACUUCUUUAAAACAGGCCACCAAGCGACCCUUUCCAGCAUCCAAUGGGAAUCCGCCUUCGUCCCACUGCACACAAUCAUGUACCCUUACUCCCCAAUCCUCGUCGGUCUCAAUACCUUUGGUGCCCAAAUCCUGGCUGUUACAUUCCUACCUCUCGUCGUCCUAUGGAAGCAGAAGCCCAAACGCAAGGGUACUCUACGUGCUGUUGCCACAGCUUUGGCUUGGCACGUCGGGUAUUUUGCCACGGUUGGACUGGCUACUACGAUGUGGGCGGGGCAUUUGAGGAGACAUCUUAUGCUUUACCGCAUAUUUUGCCCGAGGUUUAUGAUGGGUGCAAUGACGCUUUUGGUUGCUGAUGCGGUCGGAGUUUUGGUUGCGUUGUUUGGGUUCAGGGCCAAUAUGAAGGGCGUAGGAGAGAUAUUUGGUUGGGCUUAGAGGAAGCAGGAUUAAAAAAAGUUGUUUUGUAUGUAUGAGCCAAGAUGGCAGGCGGUUUAAUUGUCACUAAACAUAGGCUUCUUCUUCCAAUACAUUUCUUUUGUGUUUUGUUCCUUUUGAUACUACCAUUACUCUCAUUUUGGUACUAGGUUUCCG